AUGGUGGACUAUUACUUUGAUAAAGGAGCAGCAGUUAUUAUGCCGAAACUUGCUGAAGAGCAUCCAUCACGUGAAAUGUCAAAAGAAGCAAAGCAGAAAUUUGUUCUUGGUGUUAUUGCUAUGAUUAAACCGGCUAGUAAAGUAUUGCAUAUAACAUUCCCGAUUAGACGUGAAGAUGGAACAUUUGAAAUGAUUGAAGCUUGGAGAGCACAACAUUGUGAACAUCGAACACCAACAAAAGGUGGUAUACGUUAUGCACAAAAUGUUGGCGAAGAUGAG